CGUGGGCACCGGGCGAGUGUGGACAGAGUCGGAGUCCGGACGAGGAACUGAGCGUUGACGCCCGCACCGCGCGGAAGGGAGCGGACUUCUGAUGAAUUCUGCAAACCAGUCGGGCACCAUGAACGGCCACGCCACUCCUCUCGACAUCUUAGUGACCAACGGCCUCGAGGUGUCCAGAGUCCCUAAGACUGGGAAGACCGUUCCAGGAGUUGGCAUCUCUUCUGCACCCCAGGCUGAGGCUGCCCUGCCCACCAAGAUCAGGAGCAUUGCUGGGGUGUACGUGGAGGCCUCUGGCCAGUCCCUGAGUCUCUAUGUGGCCAUGAAGCAGGGUCUGCUGCCCUCAGGGCUUGGGCUGGCUUUGCUGGAGGCCCAGGCAGCCACUGGGGGUCUGGUGAACCCUGCCCAGGGCCGGCUGCUACUCGUGUCUGAGGCCCUGAGCCAAGGGCUGGUAGGUCUGGAAUUGAAGGAGAAGCUGCUGGCUGCCGAGCGUGCAGUUACCGGGUACCCAGACCCCUACGGAGGUACAAAGCUGCCUCUCUUCCAGGCCAUUGGGAAAGAGAUCGUAGACAGGGCACUGGGGAGGAAGUGGCUGGAGGCCCAGCUGGCCACUGGGGGCGUGGUAGACCCUGCCCAGGGUGUGCGCGUGGAUCCGAAGUCCGCCUGCCAGCAGGGCCUCCUGGACCAGGAGACAUGGCAAAGCCUGGAGGAGUGUGAACCUGGAUCAGAAGCUGUUGGCUUCUGCGACCCCAACACGCUGGAGCAGCUGCCAUACCGUGAGCUGCUGGGCAGGUGUGUGGAGGCCUCCAGCACGGGGCUGGCCCUGCUGCCUCUGAAGACCACCUUCUGCACCCUGAGUGGGGCCGUGAGCACAGCUGAGCUGCUGGAGGUGGGGGUCCUGGACGAGGAGACAUCCCGCGGCCUGCGGGAGGGCCAGCUGGCUGUGCCGGAUGUGAGCGCCCGUGCUGACGUGCAGCGCUACCUGAAGGGCACUGGUGGUGUGGCUGGGGUGGUCCUGUUGCCCUCUGGCCACAAGAAGAGCCUUUGCCAGGCUGCUUCAGAGCACCUGCUCCCACUGGGCACUGUGCUUCCACUCCUGGAGGCUCAGGCCGCCACUUGCACCCUGGUGGACCCAGCCACUGGCUGGCAGCUGUGGGUGGAUGAGGCAGUCCGGGCUGGUCUGGUCAGGCCCGAGUUCCAUGGGCAGCUGCUGGUGGCAGAGCAGGCAGUGACGGGCUUCCAUGAUCCCUUCAGUGGCUCGCGCAUCCCCCUGUUCCAGGCCAUGCAGAAGGGGCUGGUGGACAAGCUGCUGGCACUGCGGCUGCUGGAUGCCCAGCUGGCCACAGGGGGCCUGGUGUGCCCAGCCCGCCGUCUCCGGCUGCCCCUGGAGGCUGCUCUCCGCUUUGGCUGCCUGGAUGAGGAGACCCGGCAGUGCCUCUCACAGACUGCAGGCUUCUCAGACCCCAUCACCCAGGAGAACCUCAGCUACGGGCAGCUCUUGGCUCACUGUGUCACUGACCCAGAGACAGGCCUUGCCUUCCUGCCCCUCACAGGAGGGGCCUGCAGGGACAAGCCCCAGGGGCCCCCAUUCAUUGAGCACGGCACCCGGCAGGCCUUGAGCGAAGCCAUGGCCACUGUCUCCGCGGGGAAGUUCCAGGGCCGGCCUGUGUCCCUCUGGGAGCUGCUCUUCUCUGAGGUGAUCCCAGCGGGGCAGAGAGCCACGUUGGCCCAGCAGCACAAGGAGGGGGCCCUGUCCGUGGAGGCACUGGCCACCCAGCUGAAGGCCACUGCUGAGCAGGCUGCAGCUGCAGCCACAGCCAGUGUCACCUUCUCGGGGCUGAGGGACACUGUGACGCCAGGACAGCUGCUGGAGUCUGAGAUCAUCGAUCGGGACGUGUACGAGCAGCUGGAGCGCGGGCAGGCCACGGCGCGCGAUGUGGGCCUCCUGGACUCGGUGCAACGCUACCUGCAGGGCACUGGGAGCAUCGCCGGCCUGCUGCUGCCCAGCUCCCAGGAGCAGCUCAGCAUCUACGAGGCCCGCAGCAAGGGGCUGGUGCGGCCUGGCACAGCCCUGGUGCUGCUGGAGGCCCAGGCUGCCACCGGCUUCAUCAUCGACCCAAAGGAGAACAAGAGGUACUCUGUGGAGGAGGCGCUGAAGGCCGGCGUCAUAGGGCCCGAUGUGUAUGCCAAACUGCUGUCGGCCGAGCGCGCUGUUACCGGCUACACCGACCCCUACACAGGCGAGCAGAUCUCCCUCUUCCAGGCCAUGCAGAAGGACCUCAUUGUGCGGGACCAUGGCGUGCGUCUGCUGGAGGCCCAGAUCGCCACAGGCGGCAUCAUCGACCCUGUGCACAGCCACCGUGUGCCUGUGGAGGUGGCCUACCAGCGUGGCUACUUUGACCGGGCAUUGAACCUGGUCUUGUCAGACCCCAGUGAUGACACCAAGGGCUUCUUUGACCCCAACACUCACGAGAACCUCACCUACCUGCAGCUGCUGGAGCGCUGCGUGCGCGACCCCGACACCGGGCUGUGUCUCCUACCGCUCAGCAGUGGGCAGCCCCAGCUGGUGGAUGGUGCCACACGGCAGACCUUCCAGGGCCAGCUGCUGUCGGUGCAUUACGGGCGAUUCCAGGGCCGGAGGGUGACUCUGUGGGAGCUUGUCAAUUCGGAGUAUGUCUGUGAGGACUGGCGGCGACAGCUGCUCCGGCAGUUCCGGCUACGGAAGGUGACACUGGAGCAGAUCAUUCACCUGCUGCAGAAAGAGUCACGGCGGUGGGCGGACGUCACGCUGCCCACACUUCACGGCCGUGUCCGUGCCUUCGAGCUUCUGGAGGCUGGCGUCAUCGAUGAGAAGCUUCUGGACUGUGUGCUGGCAGGGGCCGUGAGCCCUGAGGCACUGCUCCAGGUGGACGCUGUGCGCAGGUGCCUGCAUGGAUCAGGCGCCCUGGGCGGCGUGCUGCUGCAGCCCUCCAACCGGCGCCUCAGCCUCUACCAGGCCAUGCAGCAGAAGCUGCUGGGCCCGGGUGUGGGCCUGGCCCUGCUGGAGGCCCAGGCAGCCACUGGGGCCCUGCUGGACCCCCACAGCCAGGAGGCUCUGACAGUGGAUGAGGCUGUGCGCAGGGGGCUGGUGGGGCCUGAGAUAUAUGGCCAGCUGCGGCGGGCUGAGGAUGCCGUCACUGGCUUCAGAGACCCCUUCUCCGGGAAGAGAGUGUCCACUUUCCAGGCCAUGAAGAAAGGCCUGGUCCCCGUGGAGCAAGCCACCCGCCUCCUGGAGGCCCAGGUGGCCACAGGAGGGGUCGUCGACCCUGUUGGCCACUACCACCUUCCCAUGCCAGCAGCCACCAAGCGCGGCUGCAUCGACCAGGAGAUGGAGAAGGUGCUGAGCAGGGCCCCCCAGACCUUCCCCAGCCCCGACGGCCGGGGCCACACCAGCUAUGCCCAGCUUCUUGAGCACUGUCCCCGUGACGAGGCCUCCGGCCUGCUCCUCCUUCCACUGCCAGACAGCGCCCCCUCCGUGCCCACAGACGAGCAGGUCCAGGAGGCCCUGCAGGCUGCACAGGGAGCUGAGGACGGCACAUCGCUCUGGGACCUGCUCAGGUCACACCACUUCACUGAGGAGCAGCGCCAGGGCUUCCUGGAGGACUUCCGGGUGGGCCGGCGCUCAGAGCAGCAGCUGCGUGAAGCCCUGCAGAGCUGGCUGCACGGGGCAGAGCUGCGGGCACGCACCCAGGUGUCAGUGCCUGGGCCAAGGGGCGAGGUCCCCGCCGUGUGGCUGCUGGACGCCGGCAUCAUCUCCCAAGACACCCUGGAGGCACUGGCCCAAGGCCAUCAGUCCCCCGAUGAGGUGGCCUCGCAGCCCGUGGUGAGAGCCUGCUUAUGGGGCACAGGCUGCGUGGCUGGCGUGCUGCUGCAGCCCUCAGGGGCAAAAGCCAGCAUCGACCGGGCUAUGCAGGAUGGUCUCCUGCCUGUGGGCCUGGGGCAGAGGCUGCUGGAGGCCCAGGUGGCCUGCAGUGCCCUGGUCGACCCCGUGACCAACCGACGGCUGUCGGUGGAGGACGCAGUCAAGGCUGGCCUGGUGGGCGGAGGGCUGAGUGAGCAGCUCCGGCUGACCGAGAGGGUGGUGGCUGGGUUCCCGGACCCCUGCUCAGGCCGCGCCCUCUCACUGUGGCAGGCCAUGGAGCAGGGGCUGGUGCCCCGAGCCGAGGGCCUCCCCCUGCUGCAGGCGCAGCUGGCCACAGGGGGCGCCAUGGACCCCACCCACCAGGUGCACUUGCCGCUGCCUGUGGCCUGCAGACUUGGGCUACUGGAUGAGGCCAUGGGCCAGGCACUGAGCUCAACCAAUGAGGACGUGAGGUUCUUCUUCGACCCCAGCACCCGGGACAAGGUGACAUACCAGGAGCUCAGAGCCCGGUGCGUCCAGGACACUGCCACCGGCCUGUGGCUGCUGCAACUUUCACAGGACAUGACGCUUGACGUGGACGAGCACACAGCAGUGGCCCUGCGUGCCAUGAAGGUACCGGUGGACGCAGGCAGGCUCAAGGGGCAGGCCGUGUCACUGUGGGACCUCCUGCGCUCCGAGUACGUCACCGCAGAGCAGCGCAGGGAGCUGGCAGCACUCUGCGGGUCCGGGCGGGCCGCAGCACUGCGCGAGGUGGUCCACACCAUCACUGCGCUUGUCAAGGCGGCAGAGACACACCCCUCUCGGGCUGUCUUCCAGGGGCUCCGGAAGCAGGUGUCAGCCAGCGACCUGUUCCGGUCCCAGCUGAUCGACAAGAAGACACUGGACGAGCUGACCCAGGGAAAGAAGACAGUGCAAGAGGUCACACAGAUGGCCAGCGUGCGGCGCUUCCUGGAAGGAGGCAAUUUCAUCGCCGGCGUGCGCAUCCAGGCCACUGGGGAGACCAUGAGCAUCCCUGAGGCCCUGCGCCGGCACAUCCUGCGGCCUGGCACCGCCUUGGUGCUGCUGGAGGCCCAGGCUGCCACUGGCUUUGUCAUCGACCCCGUGAAGAACCAGAAGCUAACGGUGGAGCAGGCGUUCUCAGCAGGAAUGUUUGGCAAGGAAACCUACGAGAAGCUACUGUCAGCUGAGCGCGCUGUCACCGGCUACACCGACCCCUACACAGGCGAGCAGAUCUCCCUCUUCCAGGCCAUGCAGAAGGACCUCAUCGUGCGGGACCAUGGUGUGCGUCUGCUGGAGGCCCAGAUCGCCACAGGCGGCAUCAUCGACCCUGUGCACAGCCACCGUGUGCCUGUGGAGGUAGCCUACCAGCGCGGCUACUUCAAUGAGGACAUGAACCGCGUGCUAGCAGACCCCAGUGAUGACACCAAGGGCUUCUUUGACCCCAACACUCACGAGAACCUCACCUACCUGCAGCUGCUGGAGCGCUGCGUGCGUGACCCUGACACCGGACUGUACAUGCUACAGAUUGUCAAGAAAGGAGAAACCUACAUGUUCAUCGACAAGGCCACCAGGGACCUUCUGGGAUCAAAAACCAUGAAGAUGCACGUGGGGAGGUUUGCAGGACAGACAGUCUCCCUUUGGGACGUGCUGUCUUCCCAGGACUUCACAGAGGAGAGGCGGCGAGAACUCGUCCAGGGAUACAAAACCAAAAAGCUGUCCCUGGAGAGACUGUUGGAAGUCAUCACCACGACAGUCGAAGAAACCGAGAAGCAAAACCAAGCCAUCCAGGUGACAGGCCCUCAGGGACUGGUGUCAGCAGCAGAGCUGUUCAACUCAGGAAUCAUUGAUAAGAAAACACUGGAUACUCUGCAAACAGAGAAGAGCGGUGGGCAGAGCCUCCUUAAGCUGGCACAUGUGAAGAGCUUCCUUGAGGGCCAUGGCUGCAUCGCAGGGGUGACCAUUCCAUCCACCCACGAGGUCAUGGGCAUCUACGAGGCCAGCAAGAAGGAGCUGGUGCCUGUGGGGAUAGCGGUGCAGCUGUUGGAGGCACAAGCGGCCACAGGCUUCAUGCUGGACCCCCGAGGCCACCAGAAGCUUCCUGUGGACGAGGCUCUGGCGGCUGGCCUGGUAGGUGCGGAGUUACAGGAAAAACUCUUGAGUGCAGAGAAGGCAGCCAAAGGACACAUCGACCCGGCCACAGGCAACCGGAUCUCACUGUUCCAGGCCAUGGAGCAGAAGCUGGUCCCAAGGGAAGACGCACUGAGGCUGCUGGAGGUGCAGGUGGCCACGGGUGGCAUCAUUGACCCCCUGCAUGGCCACCGAGUGCCCCUGGACACGGCCUACCAGCGUGGCCUUAUGCACCAGGACACUUACCUGCUUGUGUCAGACCAGAAGCUUAUGAAGAAGCGGUUUCUGGACCCAAACACGCAGGAGAGUGUCACGUACCAAGACCUGCAGGCACAGUGCCAGAUGGAGGAGGCAACGGGCUGGGCCCUGCUCCCAGUGGCCCAGGAUACACAGGACUGCAGGUAUGUUGAUGAGGCCACCAGGAAGGCUCUAGAUGCUGAGUGGGUAGACAUCAAGGUGGGACGGUAUCGUGGCCAGCGAUGGUCAGUAUGGAAACUUCUGAACUCGGAAUACAUGACAGAGGAAAAAAAGCAAGAGCUGGUAGCAAAAUACAAAAAGGAAACAUCACACGCGCUGGAGAAAGUGGUGAAGGUUAUCCUGGAGCUAAUCACAGAGAAGGAGAGGAGCACAAAGCAGCUAUGGUUCCAGGGGAUCCGAAGGCAGAUCACGCCCUCUGAGCUCUUCAACUCACACAUCAUCACCAAGGACACGCUGGAGGCUCUGGAGAAAGGCCAGAGCUCAGUGGAGGAAAUCCAGAAGCAAGCAGCCGUCAAGCGCUACCUGGAGGGCACCAGCUGCAUCGCCGGCGUGCUGGCGCCUUGCAGGGACGAGCCCAGCCACCAGGAGAAGAUGAGCAUCUACCAGGCCAUGUGGAAGGGCGUGCUGCGGCCCGGCACCGCCCUGGUGCUGCUGGAGGCGCAGGCCGCCACCGGCUUCAUCAUCGACCCCGUGGGCAACAGGCGGCUGUCGGUGGAGGAGGCCGUGGCCGAGGGCGUGGUGGGCGGCGAGGUGCGUGAGAAGCUGCUGUCGGCCGAGCGCGCCGUCACCGGCUACACCGACCCCUACACGGGCGAGCAGAUCUCCCUCUUCCAGGCCAUGCAGAAGGACCUCAUCGUGCGGGACCACGGCGUGCGUCUGCUGGAGGCCCAGAUCGCCACGGGCGGCGUCAUCGACCCGGUGCACAGCCACCGCGUGCCCGUGGAGGUGGCCUACCAGCGCGGCUACUUCGACGAGGACAUGAACCGCGUGCUGGCGGACCCCGGCGACGACACCAAGGGCUUCUUCGACCCCAACACGCACGAGAACCUCACCUACCUGCAGCUGCUGGGGCGCUGCGUGCGCGACCCCGACACCGGGCUCUACAUGCUGCAGCUGGCGGGCCCGGGCGCUGCCGUGCACCAACUGGGCGAGGAGCUGCGCGCGGCGCUUCGCGGGGCCCGCGUGACGCCUGGCUCGGGUGCCCUGCGGGGUCAGAGCGUGUCCGUGUGGGACCUGCUCUUCCACCGCGAGGUCCCCGAGAGCCAGCGGCAGGACCUGCUUCGCAGGUACCGGGCAGGCACGCUGACUGUGCAGGAGGUGGGCGCGUCCCUGACGGCACUGCUGGACGGGGACCGUGCAGACGGGGAGCGCGGGGGCUCCCAGAAGGACCCUCGGGGGGCCCUGCGUGCCGCCACGAUGGAGGUGCGGGUGGGCCGCCUGCAGGGCCGGGCGGUGCCCGUCUGGGACGUGCUGGCGUCCAGCUACGUGAGCGUCCACACCCGCGAGGAGCUGCUGGCCCAGUUCGGCUCGGGGGCGCUUGACCUGCCCGCACUGACCCGCAGGCUGACCACCAUCAUCGAGGAGGCCGAAGGGUGCCCCGGGGCACAGAGGAGUGGUCACGAGGAAGUGACGGCUGGCACGGGGCCCUCCCACGCCAAGGACGAGAACGAGUCCGAAAGUGACGCCAACACCGAGACAGACGAUGACGUCCAGGCUUCCCGGCGCCGCCAGGAGCAGGUCCUACGUGCUGCCACCAUGGAGCUGGCCGUCGGGCAGUUCCAGGGCCAGCCGGUGUCUGCCUGGGACGUCCUCUGGUCCUCCUACCUGAGCGAGACCCGCCGAGAGGAGCUGCUGGCCCAGCAUGCGGCCGGCGCCCUGGCCCUGCCCGCCCUAGUGGCCAUCCUCACCCAAGUGGUCGAGGAGAUGGAGGAACGGCUGAGCCGGGUGUCCUUCCGCGGCCUGCGGCGCCAGGUGUCCGCCUCCGAGCUUCGAACGGCCAAGAUCCUGGACCCGGAGACCCUGCGGGACCUGGCCCAGGGCACCAAGACCCUGCAGGAGGUCACAGAGAUGGACGCGGUCAAGCGCUACCUGGAGGGCACCAGCUGCAUCGCCGGCGUGCUGGCGCCUUGCAGGGACGAGCCCAGCCGCCAGGAGAAGAUGAGCAUCUACCAGGCCAUGUGGAAGGGCGUGCUGCGGCCCGGCACCGCCCUGGUGCUGCUGGAGGCGCAGGCCGCCACCGGCUUCAUCAUCGACCCCGUGGGCAACAGGCGGCUGUCGGUGGAGGAGGCCGUGGCCGAGGGCGUGGUGGGCGGUGAGGUGCGUGAGAAGCUGCUGUCGGCCGAGCGCGCCGUCACCGGCUACACCGACCCCUACACGGGCGAGCAGAUCUCCCUCUUCCAGGCCAUGCAGAAGGACCUCAUCGUGCGGGACCACGGCGUGCGUCUGCUGGAGGCCCAGAUCGCCACGGGCGGCGUCAUCGACCCGGUGCACAGCCACCGCGUGCCCGUGGAGGUGGCCUACCAGCGCGGCUACUUCGACGAGGACAUGAACCGCGUGCUGGCGGACCCCGGCGACGACACCAAGGGCUUCUUCGACCCCAACACGCACGAGAACCUCACCUACCUGCAGCUGCUGGGGCGCUGCGUGCGCGACCCCGACACCGGGCUCUACAUGCUGCAGCUGGCGGGCCCGGGCGCUGCCGUGCACCAACUGGGCGAGGAGCUGCGCGCGGCGCUUCGCGGGGCCCGCGUGACGCCUGGCUCGGGUGCCCUGCGGGGACAGAGCGUGUCCGUGUGGGACCUGCUCUUCCACCGCGAGGUCCCCGAGAGCCAGCGGCAGGACCUGCUUCGCAGGUACCGGGCAGGCACGCUGACUGUGCAGGAGGUGGGCGCGUCCCUGACGGCACUGCUGGACGGGGACCGUGCAGACGGGGAGCGCGGGGGCUCCCAGAAGGACCCUCGGGGGGCCCUGCGUGCCGCCACGAUGGAGGUGCGGGUGGGCCGCCUGCAGGGCCGGGCGGUGCCCGUCUGGGACGUGCUGGCGUCCAGCUAUGUGAGCGUCCACACCCGCGAGGAGCUGCUGGCCCAGUUCGGCUCGGGGGCGCUUGACCUGCCCGCACUGACCCGCAGGCUGACCACCAUCAUCGAGGAGGCCGAAGGGUGCCCCGGGGCACAGAGGAGUGGUCACGAGGAAGUGACGGCUGGCACGGGGCCCUCCCACGCCAAGGACGAGAACGAGUCCGAAAGUGACGCCAACACCGAGACAGACGAUGACGUCCAGGCUUCCCGGCGCCGCCAGGAGCAGGUCCUACGUGCUGCCACCAUGGAGCUGGCCGUCGGGCAGUUCCAGGGCCAGCCGGUGUCUGCCUGGGACGUCCUCUGGUCCUCCUACCUGAGCGAGACCUGCCGAGAGGAGCUGCUGGCCCAGCAUGCGGCCGGCGCCCUGGCCCUGCCCGCCCUAGUGGCCAUCCUCACCCAAGUGGUCGAGGAGAUGGAGGAACGGCUGAGCCGGGUGUCCUUCCGCGGCCUGCGGCGCCAGGUGUCCGCCUCCGAGCUUCGAACGGCCAAGAUCCUGGACCCGGAGACCCUGCGGGACCUGGCCCAGGGCACCAAGACCCUGCAGGAGGUCACAGAGAUGGACGCGGUCAAGCGCUACCUGGAGGGCACCAGCUGCAUCGCCGGCGUGCUGGCGCCUUGCAGGGACGAGCCCAGCCGCCAGGAGAAGAUGAGCAUCUACCAGGCCAUGUGGAAGGGCGUGCUGCGGCCCGGCACCGCCCUGGUGCUGCUGGAGGCGCAGGCCGCCACCGGCUUCAUCAUCGACCCCGUGGGCAACAGGCGGCUGUCGGUGGAGGAGGCCGUGGCCGAGGGCGUGGUGGGCGGCGAGGUGCGUGAGAAGCUGCUGUCGGCCGAGCGCGCCGUCACCGGCUACACCGACCCCUACACGGGCGAGCAGAUCUCCCUCUUCCAGGCCAUGCAGAAGGACCUCAUCGUGCGGGACCACGGCGUGCGUCUGCUGGAGGCCCAGAUCGCCACGGGCGGCGUCAUCGACCCGGUGCACAGCCACCGCGUGCCCGUGGAGGUGGCCUACCAGCGCGGCUACUUCGACGAGGACAUGAACCGCGUGCUGGCGGACCCCGGCGACGACACCAAGGGCUUCUUCGACCCCAACACGCACGAGAACCUCACCUACCUGCAGCUGCUGGGGCGCUGCGUGCGCGACCCCGACACCGGGCUCUACAUGCUGCAGCUGGCGGGCCCGGGCGCUGCCGUGCACCAACUGGGCGAGGAGCUGCGCGCGGCGCUUCGCGGGGCCCGCGUGACGCCUGGCUCGGGUGCCCUGCGGGGACAGAGCGUGUCCGUGUGGGACCUGCUCUUCCACCGCGAGGUCCCCGAGAGCCAGCGGCAGGACCUGCUUCGCAGGUACCGGGCAGGCACGCUGACUGUGCAGGAGGUGGGCGCGUCCCUGACGGCACUGCUGGACGGGGACCGUGCAGACGGGGAGCGCGGGGGCUCCCAGAAGGACCCUCGGGGGGCCCUGCGUGCCGCCACGAUGGAGGUGCGGGUGGGCCGCCUGCAGGGCCGGGCGGUGCCCGUCUGGGACGUGCUGGCGUCCAGCUACGUGAGCGUCCACACCCGCGAGGAGCUGCUGGCCCAGUUCGGCUCGGGGGCGCUUGACCUGCCCGCACUGACCCGCAGGCUGACCACCAUCAUCGAGGAGGCCGAAGGGUGCCCCGGGGCACAGAGGAGUGGUCACGAGGAAGUGACGGCUGGCACGGGGCCCUCCCACGCCAAGGACGAGAACGAGUCCGAAAGUGACGCCAACACCGAGACAGACGAUGACGUCCAGGCUUCCCGGCGCCGCCAGGAGCAGGUCCUACGUGCUGCCACCAUGGAGCUGGCCGUCGGGCAGUUCCAGGGCCAGCCGGUGUCUGCCUGGGACGUCCUCUGGUCCUCCUACCUGAGCGAGACCCGCCGAGAGGAGCUGCUGGCCCAGCAUGCGGCCGGCGCCCUGGCCCUGCCCGCCCUAGUGGCCAUCCUCACCCAAGUGGUCGAGGAGAUGGAGGAACGGCUGAGCCGGGUGUCCUUCCGCGGCCUGCGGCGCCAGGUGUCCGCCUCCGAGCUUCGAACGGCCAAGAUCCUGGACCCGGAGACCCUGCGGGACCUGGCCCAGGGCACCAAGACCCUGCAGGAGGUCACAGAGAUGGACGCGGUCAAGCGCUACCUGGAGGGCACCAGCUGCAUCGCCGGCGUGCUGGCGCCUUGCAGGGACGAGCCCAGCCGCCAGGAGAAGAUGAGCAUCUACCAGGCCAUGUGGAAGGGCGUGCUGCGGCCCGGCACCGCCCUGGUGCUGCUGGAGGCGCAGGCCGCCACCGGCUUCAUCAUCGACCCCGUGGGCAACAGGCGGCUGUCGGUGGAGGAGGCCGUGGCCGAGGGCGUGGUGGGCGGCGAGGUGCGUGAGAAGCUGCUGUCGGCCGAGCGCGCCGUCACCGGCUACACCGACCCCUACACGGGCGAGCAGAUCUCCCUCUUCCAGGCCAUGCAGAAGGACCUCAUCGUGCGGGACCACGGCGUGCGUCUGCUGGAGGCCCAGAUCGCCACGGGCGGCGUCAUCGACCCGGUGCACAGCCACCGCGUGCCCGUGGAGGUGGCCUACCAGCGCGGCUACUUCGACGAGGACAUGAACCGCGUGCUGGCGGACCCCGGCGACGACACCAAGGGCUUCUUCGACCCCAACACGCACGAGAACCUCACCUACCUGCAGCUGCUGGGGCGCUGCGUGCGCGACCCUGACACUGGUCUUCUGUUUUUAUCUGUCUCAGGGGAGAAAUGAGAGUGGUGGAAAAUACAUUCACCAUGUUGUGUGACCAUCACCACCAUCUAUUUCCGGGUCUCUUUCAUCCUCCCAGAUAGAAACUCAGUGCCCCUUAAAUCCUAAUUCCCCAUCCUCCCAUCCUGAGAGCCCUGAGGACCUCCAUUCUUCUUUCUGUCUCCUGCAAUUUGCCUUUCUAGAUAGUUCGUUUAAGUGUAUUCAUAUAAUAUGUGUCCCUUUGUGUCUCAUUUUUUUCAUUCAGUAUAAUGUUUUCACAGUUCAUCCAGGUUGUAGUGUCUAUCAGAACUUUGUUUUUCUUGGUGGCUGAAUAGUACUGCAUUGUGUAUAGGUACCACAUUGUGUUUAUCCACUCACCUGUUGAUGGACACUUGGGCUGUUUCCACCAUUUGGCUACUGUGAAUAAUGCCGCUAUGAACAUUGGUGUACACACGUCUGUUUGAUUUCCUGCUUUAACUCUUUGGGGUAUAUAUCUAGGAGUGAAAUUGCUUGGUUUUCAAUAAGCUGAACUUUUUGAGAAAUUGCCAGGUGUUUCACUUGCAAGUCUUUUUCUAUUUUAUAGAAAAUUUGCAGUUGAUCAUUGCUGAAAUACUCUAUCACCGUCUAAUCGGAGAACCCUUUUCCUGAGCCUUGGACAUGUCAGUCUGAAGUGUACAUAUUACUUUGUGGUUUUCUCCAAAAAGGUAUUAAAUGCAUUGGUAUAAAUUAUGAAACAUCUCCUGUGUUUGCCC